AUGUCGACAGGAGGCAGAUGGCUCCUCGAAGAGACUCCAUACCAUAUCAAUUGCCUAAAAUUUCUAGCAGGCUCACUAGCCAUAAUGUCCUUCACCAAGAACAAAGCCAAGGCUCAGGAACAACUGCUGAUGGACAACAUUUCUGCAGUAACCUACAUAAACAAAAUGGGAGGGACACACUCUCCCAUGCUAUCUUACCUAGCCAAAAAUCUACGGGACUGGUGCCUCACCCACAAUAUCUCGGUGACAACCCGCUACAUCCCAGGAGUACAGAAUGUAGAAGCGGUCAGGGAAUCGAGAGUAUUUCUAGAUUCCAGCGAUUGGAAACUAAAUCCUGGGGUUUUCAACCGCCUCUAUCAGAAGUGGGGUCUCCUGAACAUCGACCUUUGCCUCCCGUCUCUCUUACCAACUAGAUCAGUUUGUAAGCUGGCGUCCAGACCCUCUAGCAAUUCACACGGAUGCAUUCACCCUGGACUGGGCGACCUUUUGGGGCUACGCCUUUCCUCAAUUUGCUCUGAUAGGCUGAUGCCUUCACCAAAUUCAGAGUCAGCAGGUGUCACACAUGGUGUUGGUAGCACCGGUUUGGCCAGCUCAACCCUGGUAUCCACUACUAUUAGAGCUGUGCAUAGACUUCCCUCUCCUCCUACCAGUUCAGGAAGAUCUACUGACCCAGGCAAGCAGAACCCACCCUCUCAAACACCUACAGUUAGCUGGUUGGCUCCUGUCAGCAGAGGUUACCAAACGGCAGACAUUUCUGCGCAGAGUAGAGAAAUCCUCUUGGCAGCCUGGAGGAAAAAUACAACUAUUGCCUAUUCCUCUGCCUGGACAAAAUGGAGUGGCUGGUGUAGUCAACAGGUCAAUGUUAA